AUGGAUAAAACAUUGGUGGUAGCGUAUAAUGACAAUAGGGCCUGGUGUGUGAGCCAGGCUAAUGAUGAUGUGUACGAGGUUCACUCCCACCCAUCGAUGUUGGUUGAUGUCAUCAAGCGGACAUGUUCUUGUUUUCAGUGGCAGAUAAACGAGUUCCCGUGUUCCCAUGCUGUCGUUGCAUUCCGUAAUAAUAGGAGAAACAUCUACGAUUCAAUAGACUCUACAUUCUCCAUUGAUACAUUUCAAGCUAUUUAUAGCGAAACUAUAUACCCCAUCCCAACAGUGGAGAGGUCGAUGUUUAACCCAGCUGAAUAUUUGAUAGCACCACCGACAAGCAAGCGUCCUCCCGGUCGGCCCAAACGGAAGAGAAUUUCGUCCAAGGGCGAGGUAGUGCAACGUAUACGUUGUGGUCGUUGCAAAAAGUUGGGCAAUCACAACAGGAAGACAUGCAAAGAGCCAUUAUAG